AUGGCGAGCGCCAUGGCGAGGGAAGGGGGGAGAGUAGUCGCAGCAUGCCUGCUCGCUGCCGCUGCCGUUCUCUUGCUCGUCCAUAGCGGCCAGCAUGCGGAGCAGAGACCUCAGCCAGCCAUCAUGUACAGCAGAGCUCAGGGGCGUGUCGGGUUGACCAGGGUCGAGCGGCUGGAGAGGCUCGAGUUGAUGCGGGAUUUGAGGAAAGAGAAGGCGAAGGAGGCGAAGGAGGACAACAAGGAGCCGUUCCAUGUCGCCAAGAAGUGGACCUUGGCAACAGAAGAAGAUGACAUGAACAACUACUUCGAUAACCUCCAGGAGAGAACCUUAGAUGAGAUCAACUCGAUUCGCGAGCAGAGAGCAGCCACAUUCAAACGCGCCCAUCAAGGUUCUCAAAAGCUGCCGUUUGUCGACUACAAUCACAAACCUCAGCUGUCGCCUUCACACGCGCAUCAGCAGGCGACUGCUCGCGUCCUCCAUGCAACUCAGCCGGCGCCAACAACUUCGCUCACCAGCAAGAAAGUGACGGCAGCUGAGAAGGAGCAAAAGACGCCCGUCAAUGCAAAGCUCAUGCACCUCAAGCAUGUUGCGUUUCCCAAGUCACGGAAGGCACAAGAUCGAGUGCUGUCAGAGUUCGAACGAGAAACUCUGAGGAAUGAAGAGAAGCAGAGUAUGAUGAAGAAGGAGGAGAGGGAGCUGGGCACUUGGGAGAGACGGAGGAAGGAGGACGGGACGGCGAAUCUCCUGGAGGGGGGGGAGGCAGAGGUGAAGACUGUGAGGCAUAAGAAUCCUUCCUUGUCAGCUGUCUACGGCUUUAUUGGAAACGCCGCAGCAUGA